AUGCCUCGAAGAGAAGAAUUACCGGUAGAAGAAGAAGAACGAUUUCCAAUCGGUAGAGCACAAGGUGCUCUGAGUGAUGACAUUGGUUGGCAUUUUGCUAACAUUCUACAAGGCGUAAAUAGAAACACCAUACAAUGUAAAAUCUGUGACAAAGUAAUAACUGGUGGAAUAACUCGGUUGAAGGAACAUAUUGUACACUUUCCCGGAGAAGUCAAAGGUUGUGGUAGAGUCACACAAAUUAUUAGAGAAAGUAUGAUGCAACUUUUAUUAGACAAUAAGGCAAAGAAAAAUGAUUCACGAAAAAGAAAGGAAGAAUUUGUCUCACUUUUAAGAGGAGAUAACAAUGUAAAUCAUGAAGAUUUAGAGGAAGAGGAGACUAUUAGACAAGCAACACAUGAAAGCAUGAGGUCGCAUAAUGGCAAGACGAACAAAGAUUUCCUGGAAGUGGCAUUGGCAGUAGUAGUGGUUCGAGGAACAGCGUUCAUAAAGUCUAUUGAUGCCUCAGAUGUUACCAGUAGAAACACUGAGUAUUACUUAAACUUGCUUGACAAAAUGGUUGAAGAGGUUGGAGAAGAAUAUGUUGUUCAAAUUGUCACUGAUAAUGAGGCAGCAUUGAAAGCAGCUGGUUUAAAGUUGAUGGAAAAAAGACCUACUCUUUAUUGGUCUCCAUGUGCAGCUCAUUGUUUGGAGUUGUGUUUAGAAUAUAUUGGAAAAAGUCAAAUGUCCAAAGAGUGCUUGAUGAAGCAAAAAAGAUAA